AUGACGAAACGACCACAGGAUUUGCAGAUCGCCAUUCUGGGUGCAGGUAUGGGUGGUCUGACUUGCGCCCUAGCUUUGGCCCAACGGGGUUUUCAGAAUAUUGAUGUUUAUGAGGCCGCUAGCGACCUCGGCUUCGUUGGAGCUGGUAUUCAAUUGGCGCCCAAUAUGGCUCGCGUCCUGGAUGGACUUGGUGUCUGGAAGGGCAUUGAGGCAGAAGCUGUGAAUAUUGAGGAUACAUCUGUCAGAGACGGCGCAACAGAUAAUGAGCAUGCAUAUGUGGAUCUACGGUAUAUUGAAAGCACAUACGGAUAUAAGCACAUGGUUGGCCACCGUGCUUCCCUAGCCGGUGGAUUAUACGAAGGAUGUAAGAAACAUCCCACAAUCAAGUUCCACUUUGGAAUCAACGCAGACAACGUGGACUCAUUUUGCCCUCGACCAUCAUUCACUGCAACACCCCGCGCUGAGGGUGCUGUCCCAUUUAAGGUCAAGUGCGAUGUACUUCUCGCUGCCGAUGGUAUCAAGAGUAUGACCCGCGUGGAAAUGCUGAAGCAACUUGGUGUGGAUGUCGGCGUUAAAGACACCCAACAGGCGGCCUAUCGUAUCAUGAUUCAUAAAGACCAAAUCAAAGACGACUCCGAACUUUUGGCCCUCAUUAACAGCAAUCGAGUUACUCGUUGGAUCGGUGAGAAGCGACACAUUAUUGCCUAUGCUGUCUCUAAUAAUACCAUCUAUAACCUCUCGACUACGCAGCCCGAUAGUAACUUCGCAGCCGCCACAAAUGCCACGUAUACUACGAAGGGUUCUAAGCCUGCCAUGAUGGAGGUUUUCUCUGAUUUCUGUCCCAUGGUUCAGCGAAUGCUGAACUAUGUUCCUGAGGGCGAGGUCUGCGAGUGGAAGCUGCGUGUCCACGAGCCGCUCCCUACUUGGAUUCACGGCUCUGUUGCCUUGGUUGGCGAUGCUUGUCACCCAACUCUGCCUCACCUCGCGCAAGGUGCUGCCCAGGCGAUUGAGGAUGGUGCUGUUCUUGGCGUUGUUCUCUCCAAACUCCCCAACACUGACCCUGAGUCCAUAAACAAGGCUCUCCGUGUUUACGAAAAGAUCCGCAAGAGCCGUGCCGAGGCUUUAGUUGAUAUGGCUACCGCUUCUGGUCGUGCCCUCCACUUGGGUGAGGGUGCCGCUAAGGAGGAGCGUGACAAGCAGUUCGCUGCCCUCCGCGCUGGCAAGGGUCCGGUCCCUGACAAAUGGGCUGAUGCCGAUGUGCAGCGUGAGAUCUAUGGUUUCGACUGCACCAAGGUUGCCAUGGACAACUUCGAUGAGUACUUCUCUCAGAUAUAA